AUGGAGGGCAUUCACCACAUAAAAGCCGCCUGGCACUCGUUCCCACCCCUCCUGUCACGCUCGAAUUUCGCAACUCCUGUCUGCCGCGACAGUGCGUAUGCCUCAGAUGAAGUCUCUGAUGCCGCCUCGGUUGCCACUUCGUUCACUGCUGUGACCAAUACCUCAUCCCAAGUCCCAGAAAUCGGCAUUCCGAUUCCCCAAGGACCAAGAUCUAUCCUCAAAAAGGCGCCUCUGGACGCUGAAGCGACUGAUAUUAGAGACUUCGAGUCGGGCUAUGAGUCUGACGACUCGGAGUCAGAAUUCGCAGAACAAUUGGAAUUCAGUGUUUCUGCGGAACAGGAAUCGGACACUGAUGUUCCGGUUGAUGACAUCUUUGAUUGCGAGCUCUCCUCGGAGGCCCCUUUGGACCAGGAUGACUCUUGCGCCGAGGACGAUGAUGGCGAAACGGACGAAAUCGACUUCGAUGAUUCACACAUCACGUUUGAGAACUCAGUCAGGUUCGAUACGGACGUCUCCUACAUCGAAGCUCCAGAAGUCGACGAUGACGAAUGCGAUGAGCCUGAGAUGACAUGGCACGAAAUUAUGGAGAGGGCCCGUGGUCGGCUUCAGAUGAUCGAUGCAGAUGGCGCCAGUGACAACGCUUCCGACGGUUUCAUUGAGGAUGACUGGGAAAGGAACAUCCCGAACGGACCGGAAGAACAUCCUCGUGACAUGGUCGAGUUGGACAAGCAGCUUUUCAUCGCCUACAUGAACGGCAUCCAUGGCGUUCCCGACAACAAGUAUAAAGCUUUACUGCAGACGCGUGCUCAAGAAAUCAGGGAAGGCCGCGUCCACUGUCCUUUCUUCGAAUCCGAAACCUUCCACGGCGCGUAUCUCGACGAAGUUCUCAAUCACGUCAUCGGCGUCUUCCGGAAUGUUGUUUUACGGGACGAAUUCGAAGAGCUUGUCCGUCUCUGCGAAGCCAAAGUUGCACUGGAGCAAUCCGACGUCUCUCCUCAGGAGCUUGGACGCCACACGAAGGACUUUCUGGACAAGAUCGAGCGCCUGCUCUUGGAGAGGCUAGCUGAGGGAAAAGUGACGAUUGGAAAGGAUGAGCUCAGCUUCUUCGCUGGCGGGAUCGCAUAUGCGCUCGAAAAUUGGGGUGUCUACACUUACGACGACGUUACGACGGACAAGCAGGUGUCUUAA